AUGAAGAACCCAACAGCCCUCGGCGGAUUAUUGCGGGCUGCGGUUGCCUUUGCGACUCUCGCCGCCACGAGCCCUCUUCAUGAAUGUGCUCGUGAACAGACCUGGGCUGUGGGACAGACCGUUGCCACGACUAGUGGGAAAGUCAUAGGCCACGCAGCACCAGUUGCUAAUGAGGUCUCUGAAUACCUGGGGAUCCCGUUCGCCCAGCCUCCUAUCGGAUCCUUGCGAUUCGAGCCUCCGGUUCCGUUCAAUGGGUCGCAUCAUAUCAAUGCCACAGAGUUCGGAUUCGCCUGUGUGCAGACUGGCUCGUCUGAUGAUCCUCAAAGCGAAGAUUGUCUAACUCUCAAUAUCUGGACGAAGCCUCAAGUUGGGGAGAAGAAGAAAGCUGUUCUUGUGUGGAUUUACGGUGGCGCAUAUGUGCUUGGCAGCUCCAGGCUUCCCAUAUACAACGGGCAGUUCUUUGCUGAUCAGGAGGAUGUCAUCCUUGUCUCGUUCAACUAUCGUCUCAACAUUUUCGGCUUCCCGGGCAAUCCAGCUACUCCCGCAAAUCUUGGUUUGCUCGACAUGAGGCAAGCAUUGCUCUGGGUCCGUAAUAAUAUUGCGAAAUUCGGCGGCGAUGUGGAUCGCAUUACCAUCUUCGGGCAGUCGGCUGGCGCCGGCAUGGUGGACUUCUACUCGUAUGCCUACGCUGAGGAUCCGAUCGCGAAUGGAUUUAUACUCCAGAGCGCUACUGUGGACGGCUUCCCCGCGUUGGUCCCGGGGGCAACGGUUUCCAGAUGGUCCCGAAUCGCCGAAGCCGCAGGGUGCGGUCCCACUUCCGAAAAUCCAACAGAAUGUAUGAGGAGCAAGACUCCUGAAGAGAUUCUCGGCGCCUUUUCUGAGGAUGAUACGGCCAUUGGUGCCAAUCCGCAAUUUGGACCAGUGGCUGAUGACAUCCUCGUCUAUGCGGACUAUAACUCUCGGCGCUCCGCUCGUGGUGGUUAUCUGAUUGGUAACAAUCAGAAUGAGGCAGGAAUCUUCCGACUAAUUCAGCCAAACCGGACCGAGGCCUACUGGCGAGACUUCAACGAUCGCCUCUACACAUGUGCGGACGCAGAGAGGUUGGCCCGGUCCACCGCAGAGGGCAAUCCGUCCUGGAGGUACCGUUACUUUGGAGAUUUCCCCAACCUGGCCGUCUCGACCGACCCGCCAAGCGGAGCAUACCAUGGCGCCGAGAUCCAACCUCUCUUCGACACGGUACCCCAGGAGCCUGUGCCUAGCACACUAGAACAGGUCGCUGUUGGUGACUAUUUGCGCGGUGCUUGGGCCGCAUUCGCCAAAGAUCCGAAGCAGGGCCUGGUUGCUUAUGCAGAAGGAUGGCCGAAGUACAAGCCAAUGCAGGAAACUUUGGUUCGACUUGCCUUCGAUAACCAGGUUGGAGCAAACUUGGCUUUAGGUAACGCAUAUGAUGGUCCUUGCGACUCUUUGUAG